GAGAAGGGUAGGAGAAGACAGUGAGAUAAUCACUUUCAUAUCUAAAAACUAACCAUUUUUGAGGUGGUUUUGUGAAACUAUUGUGAGUUAUUAACUGGCUUUUUCUCUGCAUUUUUUUUAAAUGUCUGAAUUAAAUUAUACACUAUAGAUUUAAUACAAUUUGCAAAUUUAUCACAUUCUUAUCACAGUCUUCUUGGCUAAGAUUUUUUACCCAUGUAUGUGUAAAAUGAUUAACUCAAAGGAAGCAAACACCAAACAAAUAUGUCAGAAUAAUAAGAAAGCUGCACACAGUAAUGGAGCAACAGAAAAAAGUGAUGCGGGGUUUUAAAAGAAAAAGCAAAAUGAACAGAGAUGGUGGUAUAUUCUAGGUUUGUUCGCUGGGCUGUAACACUCUCAAUAAAACUUGUUUCAUUUUCUGUCUGUCUCAGAUCAAGACCUCUGUGGUUGGUUCUGAUGACGUCACCUCUGGAGAUCAUGGUGUGGUUUCCUAUGGUUAUGGUUUAACUAACCAAACAGAGGAGGGCAGCACUGGCUUUCCAUCUGGGGGGGAGCACGCCACGGACCAGGCCAGCAUGGCCAUGCCUGUGAACCCCGGACGAGCACUGAUGGUGUUCUUCAGCCUGAGAGUGACUAACAUGAUCUUCUCUGAAGAUCUCUUCAACAAAAGUUCUCCAGAGUACAAGGCUUUGGAACAGCGCUUCCUGGAGCUGCUCGUACCUUAUCUUCAGUCCAACCUGAGUCACUUUGAGAACCUGGAGAUCCUGAACUUCCGGAACGGGAGCAUUGUGGUGAACAGUCGGAUGAAAUUCGGGAGGCCUGUAGCUCGUGGUGUCACAACCACAGUUUACCUGAUCCUGGAGGACUUCUGUAACACAGCGUACCAGACCAUGAACCUGGCCAUCGACAAAUACUCGCUGGAUGUGGAGUCAGGGGAUCAAGCUGACCCGUGUAAAUUCCAGGCGUGCAACGAGUAUGCAGAGUGCAAAGUGAACCGGUGGUCGGGGGAGGCGGAGUGCGUCUGCAACGCGGGGUACUUCAGUGUGGACGGCCUGCCCUGUCAGAGCAUCUGCGAGCUGCAGACAGACUUCUGCCUCAACGAUGGCAAGUGUGACAUAAUCCCCGGUCAGGGAGCCAUCUGCAGGUGUCGAGUGGGGGAGAACUGGUGGUACAGGGGCGAACACUGUGAGGAGUACGUGUCGGAGCCCCUGGUGGUCGGAAUAGCGAUUGCCUCAGUGGCUGGCUUCCUGUUUGUGGCGUCGGGAGUCCUUUUCUUCUUGGCCAGGACGUUGCGGGAUCAGUACGACAAAGAGGAGUCGGAGGACCCCAUACGGCGAGCAGAAAGCCUUCCGUCUUUGGAGAGGGCAACCAAGUACAACCCCAUGUAUGAGAGUGAAGCCACUACUGGCUACAGCCACUACUACCGCCGCUACCCAGAACCUCCGGUGUACAGCAGCGCCAGCGCCGAGGCCUCCACCGACUUCAGCAGCGAGGAGAUACGACACAUUUAUGACAACAGUGAACUGACCAAAGAGGAAAUCCAAGACAGGAUACGCAUCAUAGAACUUUACGCUAAAGACCGCCAGUUUGCUGACUUUGUGCGGCAGCAUCAAGCUGUCCUGGAUACCUGCAGAGAGAACUCCACGUCGCAGAAAUGAACAACAAGAAACACACCGGUCCCAUCCAGACUGAGGCUUUUUGUCAGAUGUCUUCAGCGUGAUCCUAAAGCCGGGACUCUGCCGCCAUCACUGAUGGUCCUUAAGUUCUUCCACUUAACCUUCUAUAGUUCCUUCAGUUUCCUGCGUGCCUUUUCUCAUCUGAGCUUCAGUCGGAUUUCCCACUAGGAGAAACUGGACUGCUUUUUAUGACUUGAAGUGUUAGCACAUGCAACGUAUAUUAAUUAUAGAGUAUUUAUUCAUAUUUUUAAUCAGAUGUUGUCUUCACAACCAUAAACUAUGAGUAUAUUUAGAAUCAAAAUUACUUUUUUGUCCAUUUUUUAACAAGCUGCUGUACUGCUUUCUGUCUGCUUUUAGUUCUUCACAAUGAGACGGGGGGAAAAAUGUUCUGUUUUAGGCAAUGGUGCUAUCAUAGCUUAAAAAGGAAACAUAGUAGUGUACCAUCAUUUUAAAGUUAUGAAUAAAAUAAUCAGCUAUUUCAGUGUUCAACAUUAGAUUUUCCAUUCUAUGUUGCACGCUGUUCUAUUCAUCUGAGAGAUGAUAGACGUGGUUUUGCUGCAGAAGCCUGAAAAUGUAGCUAUUUGCUGGGUUGAUAUUGCAAUUUAUGCAACUCAGACCUUGGAUAACACAGAUUAAAGGGGAAGAAUUGACCCAAAUUGACAUUAUAUUUUGACAUAAAUGACAUUUUGAAGCAUUUGGCUCAGCCAAAAAACAGCAAAGUGAAUGUUUAAAGCAAAAUCAGCUUCUAAAAUGUAUAUUUUGUACUUAUUAGUUUUUAUACUUGUUAAAAGUAAGACAGAGUGUAGAUAUUUCACUAUAAAUGAACUUCAGAAAAGAAGAAAAAACAUUUUGAUUCAUAAAGGUGGCACCAGAAACUCUUUUUACAAGCAGGACAGAACGGACCAAUAGAUUUGAGCAUUGAGUCCUUGAUGGGUAUUGAUUGUUUGGCUUCAAAAUACAACAUUUUGCUUUGAUUUUUUUUUUUUUUGUGUUUUUGCACAGUACUAAUUUUGUGGGGGUAACUGCCUGUUUUUAUUGUGACGGGGAAACAUUUUUCAUUGGAGUUCAAUUGAUAUUGGGAUCUGAUCAGGUAGUGUUGAGUCGCUUUACAUGUAAACAAACUGAGACUCUGAGUAAAGAUUUGGUCAUAUAAAAAAACAACAAUCCUCAGAAGUUUGAAAUGGGAAUUAAUGUCAUAUCUGAGGUUAAAUAGGUCAAACUGUUCAGGCAGGACAACUUCAAUGAACCACCACAAAAGUUCCUGAAGAUCAUCAUUUUUGGGCUUUGUGGGAUCCAAACACCAUUAAUGGAUUCCCCCGCCAGAGUAAUCUGGGAUUUGCUGAUUCUGAUUAAGAUAAUGAAGACAUCUCAGUUCUUCAGGGGUGAAGUGACAUUCUGUUUAAAGACGGUUUAUCAAAACGAAGGUGACUGGAACCAAAUUAGUUCACUGACUGACCUUUGGUUGUCCUGCAAUACAAAUAAACCCAGAGUAAACUGGUCUAACAAAUGACUUCAAACUGUAAUUAUUUUGAGGUAUUUUUCAUCAUAAAUUUCAUCCAUGGGCUGCCAUUUGUAAAUCUGAGAAGUAAAAUUUUGACAACA